GAAGCAGGCUCCAUGCACUGGGAGCCCGACGUGGGAUUCGAUCCCGGGUCUCCAGGAUCGCGCCCUGGGCCAAAGGCAGGCGCUAAACCACUGCGCCACCCAGGGAUCCCUCAAUGCAACUUUUCAUCUAAAGGUUUCAUCUAGCCCCUCUCUUCCUUGGCGCCACCUGCGGAUGUGGCAGCCAUCAAUUGCUGGGCAUCAUGGCUGCCCUCAGACCUCUGGUGAAGCCCAAGAUCAUUAAAAAGAGGACCAAGAAGUUCAUCUGGCACCAGCUGGACCGAUAUGUCAAAAUUAAGUGCAACUGGUGGAAACCCAGAGGCAUUGACGGGGUGCGCAGAAGAUUCAAGGGCCAGAUCUUGAUGCCCAACAUUGGUUACAGGAGCAGCAAGAAAACAAAGCACAUGCUGCCCAGUGGCUUCUGGAAGUUCCUAGUCCACAAGGUCAAGGAGCUUGAAGUGCUGCUGAUGUGCAACAAAUCCUAUUGUGCAGAGAUUGCUCACAAUGUAUCCUCCAAGAACCACAAAGCAGUUGUGGAAAGAGCAGCUCAGCUGGCCAUCAGAGUCACCAGUCCCAAUGCCAGGCUGUGUAGUGAAGAAAAUGAAUAG